AUGGCUACUCGCUCCACUUCAACGCCAACGCAACCUGGCGUAGCCUCGACCCUCCCUCAAUUCCUUCGUCAAGAUCGAUCGACUCUGGUAAACAAGUUCAACUACAUCGAGAACCUACAACGUGAACGCCUCACGGAGCAAUACGACAACCCUGAGAAAGAGACGGAAUGGACUCGCCUGACUGGCAAUCACAUCGCUUAUCGCAAUCGCUACAUUAAUGUCGAGCCUUUCGCCGAUAAUCGUGUCAAGUUGAACGUCGCAGAAGGCUUCAACGAUUACAUCAAUGCCUCGCCCAUUGCUCUAGGCCCUCGUCAUUACAUUGCCACACAGGGACCGAAGGACACCUCCACCUCUCAGUUCUACCGUAUGCUGGCUCAAGAAACCGAGUCUGACGCCCCUGCUGUUGUCGUCAUGCUCACAAAAACGCACGAGUCUGGCCGCGAAAAGUGCUUCAAGUACUUCCCCGAAAGCCAGGAUACGCCACUUGACCUUCACCCGGACCCAGAUCUUGAUGAUGGAUUUGAGGGCCAGGUCGAACUCUUAUCGUCCGAGGAAGACGCUGCAUGCCGCUGUACUGUCAGACAUUUGCGCCUCAAAUACAAAUCUGCUUCUACCGAGGACGACCAAUGGCAACAGAAAGAUAUCUGCCACCUCUUGUUCGUCGGAUGGCCAGACUUCUCGGUCCCGGAGGGCGAGAACAGAAACGCCAUGCUCAAUCUGGUUGCGAAGUCGGCAGAGCUCAACAAGCCAGCUGACGUGCCUUGUGGUUCGCACUUCUCCCUGGAUGCUCAAUCACACAAGCCUACUGGAGUAGGAUCCAGUCCUCGCAUCGUUCACUGCUCAGCCGGAGUCGGCAGAUCAGGCACUUUUAUCGCCUUGGACUUCCUUCUCGCUCAUCUUAGCCGUGGAAACUUGGAAUCAGUGCCAGAUGACGAGGAUCCGAUUCUGGAUACUGUCAAUGCCAUGAGGAGACAGCGCAUGAUGAUGGUGCAGAGCGAAGCGCAAUUUCUCUUCCUGUACGAUGUACUGCGCCUCGCUUGGUCAGAGAAGCAUCAGACCAUUGACGCAGAGCCCUGA